UUCAUUCAUUGACAAGUAGAACUACUCAAAUAUUUGCAAGUAUAAGAGAGCUAAGGCAAAAUAUUUCUUUCUUUAGUAAAAAAAAAAUGGCUGGAUUUUCUGACCACUGGACCUUUGCAUUUGGUGUCCUUGGAAACAUAAUCUCAUUUUUCGUUUUCCUUUCUCCACUGCCAACAUUUUAUAAUAUUUAUAAGAAAAAAUCAACAGAAGGUUAUCAAUCAAUUCCAUACGUGGUUGCUUUAUUCAGUGCAAUGCUUUGGAUUUACUAUGCAUUUCUCAAGACCAACACCACACUUCUCGUCACUAUUAACACUUUUGGAUGCUUCAUUGAAACUUUAUACGUUGGCUUCUACCUUUUCUAUGCACCAAAGAAAGCCAGGGUCCAAACUAUAAAGCUACUUCUUUUAUUAGUAGUUGGUGGUUUUGGAGCUAUUGUCCUCGUCACUCAAUUUCUAUUCAAAGGAGCAAUUCGUGCACAAAUUGUUGGAUGGAUUUGCCUUGUGUUUUCCUUAUGUGUUUUUGUAGCACCAUUAUGCAUAGUGAGACAAGUAAUCAAAACAAAGAGUGUGGAAUACAUGCCGUUUCUCCUCUCUGUUUUUCUAACUCUAAGUGCAGUAAUGUGGUUUUUCUAUGGUCUUCUAUUAAAAGACUUCAACAUUGCUAUUCCAAAUGUGUUGGGUUUCAUCUUUGGUAUUCUCCAAAUGAUACUCUAUGUGAUGUACAACAAAAAAGAGGAAGUUGUUAUAAAGGAGCAGAAUCUUCCAGAGCUAAAAGACCAUGUUAUAAUCUUAGAGGAUGACAAGAAGAAGCUUCCAGAACUAAGUGAAGAGCAAAUUAUUAACAUAAUGAAACUUGGUUCACUUGUUUAUUCAGAGAAGAAUUAUGGAAAUUUAAAUGAGGUUGCUAAAAAUGACAAGGUUGUUUCCAAGCUGCAAACUGUGGAAGCUUGACACUUUGUAAAUUUGUUUGGUAAUUUGUAAAUUUGCAAGCAUCUUUAUAUUAUCCCAAAUACAAGAGUUAUUGGCUUAUUUUGAUUUGUAUUGUAUUUACAUAGUUAGUGCUUAAUUAUCAACUGUAAAUUAUGUUUGCCCAUUAAUAUUUCAAGGUCUAAUUGUAGUCACUUUCUCAUGA